AUGGGAAACAUUACAUCGUGGGAGACCUGGGCUCUGCUCACGACGCGAGGAGGUCGGGCCAGCACCCCCAGGGAAAUUUUAAUGGUCGGACAGAUGCGGUGCGGCAGCCGGCUGCCGCGGCUGGCGGCGGGUCUCUUGGCAAGUGCGCUGGCCCUCGGCCUCGCCACCGCCGGCUUCGUCGGGUGCCCCAGCCGAGCUCCGCCCCGGCGCGCGGCUGUCUCGCCUGUCGCGCGCCGUGCGGCUGCGGCGGCGGGCGACAAGGCGUCCAUGGAGGACAUGUACGCCGACCCGGACAGGUUGAUGCGUGACGAUCAGAUGGGCAUGGACGAGGAUUUCGACGAGCAGUAUCUCGAGGAGCCCCCCGAGGAGUUGCUGGACGAGUGGGAGAAGGACGAGACCGCCAACGCGAUCCUGAAGCAGUUCCAGGACGAAGAGCUGGAGGGUAAGGACCUGAUGAAGUUCAGGGACGUCUACAAGCUGCUGGCGGUCAUGGGCCUGGACUACACGGAGUUCACCAUGAUGUUUACCGAAAGUGACCCCGACUUCGACGACGACGGCUUCGACGAGGACCCGGACUACGACUUCGUCGGCCAAGACGAGACCUUCGAUCAGCGCGGCGGCGGCGGCGGGGCCAACCCGCCCGCCGGCGGGCGCUACGCCGAGCAGGUGGGGGGGCCCGGUGGCGGAGGCCGCGGCGGCGGCCGGGGCAGAUGAAGGCGAGGGCCGCGGCGGCUCUUGAGCGCGCGCGCGCACGUGCGCGCGCGCCCGUUUUGGCGACUAGAGUGGUGCGGUUACACCGAGGCGUGGUUUGCGAUCGGCGCCGUUGGGGCCCAGGGGUCACCACGUUGCGCCAAACGUUUGAUGAGCCGUCGUCGUGGCGCAGCCGAGAUCUAUGUCGAGCUCCUUGCCCGCCACCCCAGGGCGCGGGUGGCAAGCUGUACCUUUUGCAAGCAACACCCUUCAGAGUCGCCGCCCCUUGCGAGCCCCUUCGACUCAGGGGGGGCAACGACAGGGGGUGGUAUAUCGAAGAACGCAAAGGCGGCAUGAACAUAUUUUCUCGGAGCUCUGCAGUGAUUUCUAGGAUCGGCGCUUGGCGGCGCCUCCGGUGCCGCCUCUUUCGCGCUCCGCGCGCCAGGUAGGGGGGUCCAGUGCCGAUCCAAGAAAUCCGCGCGGACCUCAGAGAAAUUUAGUUAAUGCCUUUCUUUCGGAGGUGGAUCGACCUCCUAUCCUGAC